AUGGUUUCUGCUUACAGCCUUACUAUCCUUGCUCUCUAUCUUGUCUCUAACUCUGCCGCACUCCCUAUUCGCCGUGCAAUCCAGAUUCGUGAGGUACCACAAGAGCAUUCUCAUGAACGCAUCCUUCGCGCCGCCAAUGUCGCCUUGAAGCUCAACAAUCCGGAUAAUAUCCAGGACGCUGUGUUUGGACUUUUGGGAAAUGCCGCGGCAGCCGCUGGUGCCGGAAAGAUUACAGAGCUUUCUGCAUUACAGGACCUCGACUGUCUCCAAACUGCCACGGCCGAUCGGGCGUUCACCAAUGCCAAGGCAGCUGGAGAUGUUGCUGGCAUGACGGCGGCACUACAGUACCGUGCUCUUGAGCGCAAUACUGGCAAGAUUGGUCUCGAGUCUGUACAAUGCACAUCGUUCACUCCUACCAACCCGGAGAUUGCGGCCGUCACUCAGCAUCAAGAUCCUGCUGCCCAGGGUGCGGCGACAAAAAAUAAGGCAAUCGUCCUCGCACUCGCAAAGCAAAUAGCUUCCAUUGGUGGGAACCCUCAAGAUGCUCUAGAAACCGGAACGUUUCAACCUGGCGAUCUGAAUGACGCUACGGCUAAGGGGAACACUUGCGAUGACGCGAACGAUGCUCAGGGAUGCAUCAUUAGUCGAAAUCUGAUCGUCUUGGACGCAACGGCUGAUGAGAUUACGGCUGCGGUUGGGGACGCCAACACAGGUACUGAUUGUACGGCUGUCCCUGUUACUAUUACCGUAACGGCCGGUUCCGAGUCUACGCCUACCUCUGCGCCCACGACAUCAAUCCCCGCGCAGGCUCCCGGGUCAACUCAGGACCCAGCUCCAGUCCAGACACAGGCUCCCCAGACCAGCUCCUCGGCCGCUGCGUCAACUUCUCAAACUAAAGGCCCUGGCUCGAGCUCGUCUACUGUGACUCCCGCCUCAACUACAGCUCCGGCUCCGGCGCCUGCUCCAACAACAUCUCGUCUUCGUCCCAAACUCAAGCUCCACCUCCAGCAACGACGACUUCUGCUGCUCCCUCUAAGUAAUGGUGGGAACAACGGCAACAAUGGAGGUGACAGCGGCAAUGGGGGCGACAACGGAGGCAAUAACCUUCAGGUCUUCAGUCAAUCCCUCGGAGGUGUAGUUGCGCCCAAGGUAACUGCGAGUGGUAAUCAAUUCCAGGUCGAGGGAAAUAGUCUUUUCAACGACCUCCGCAACGCGCUUGCCCGGUCGUGUGAUGUUCAGAAUAACCAAUGUGCGAACGCAAGUAAUGCGGCUGGCCAGUCGAAGACGUUUAGCGUUGCUGAAUGCAAUGCUCAACAACAGCAAUGUCUUGCUCAAGCUAACGCUGCUGCGUCCAAGUAG